CAAGAACAACCAGCUGUGCGGGUGCUAAAAUUCUAUUGCGCAACGCCAAAAUCCUAAACACAACGCCACACAGCGACUGACAGCCAUUCAAAAUGCAGGGCCCAAUUCAAAGGUUGGUGUACACAUUCGGUCAUCGCACCUGCAGCCAAUUGCCGCUGAUCGGCGGAGCAGCGAUAUCCAACGCGAAACCACCUGUAAUGGACCUCUCCGUCCGCCAAUCCUCCUCCUCCUCCGUGCUGGCCACGGAGUCCUCCAACAAGGGAAUGAUCAUACUGAACCGUCCCAAAGCUCUGAACGCCAUCAACCUGGAGAUGGUGCGAAAGAUCUACAAGCAUCUGAAGAAGUGCGAGAAGUCCAAGUCGCUGUUGAUCAUCAAGGGCACGGGCGAGAAGGCCUUCUGCGCCGGCGGAGAUGUGCGCGCCCUGGUCGAGGCGGGACCCACGGACGAGUCGAAGAGUUUCUUCCGCGAGGAGUAUAGCACGAACGCCCUGAUCGGCAACUACAAGAUACCCUACAUCGCCAUCAUUGACGGCAUCACCAUGGGCGGCGGUGUGGGCCUCAGUGUCCACGGCAAGUACCGGGUGGCCACCGAUCGGACGCUGUUCGCCAUGCCUGAGACGGCGAUUGGUCUGUUCCCGGACGUGGGCGGCUCCUACUUCCUGCCUCGCCUGCAGGGUAAACUGGGUCUCUACCUGGGACUGACAGGCUACCGGUUGCGCGGAGGCGAUGUCUUCUACUCGGGCAUUGCCACGCACUACUGCGAGAGCAGCAAGAUCCCUGAUCUCGAGACGGCGCUGCUCAACUGCCCAGAUGCGGAUGAUGUGCCCGACCUGCUGCAGAAGUUCCAUUCCACACCGGAGAAACCCUUCUCGCUGCAGCCCGUCCUGGAGCAGAUCAACAAGAACUUUUCGGCGGAUUCGGUGGAGGGCAUUCUGGAGAACCUGCAGAACGAUGGCAGCGAGUGGGCCAAGAAGACGCUGGAGACCCUCUGCAAGGUGUCGCCCACCUCGAUGAAGGUUACGUUCCGCCAGCUGGAGCUCGGCUCGCAGCUGUCUCUGGCCCAAUGUCUCAUUAUGGAGUACCGUCUGGCCGUGCGUCACUUGGAGCGCAGCGACUUCAAGGAGGGUGUGCGCGCCCUGCUUAUCGACAAGGACCAGAAACCCCAGUGGCAGCCAACUAAGCUGGCCGAUGUCACCGAGGAACAUGUGCAAUGGUUCUUCCGCAAGCUGCCGGACACCGAGGAACUCAAACUGUAAUGUAGCAGGCCUAGUUUUGUUUUGGGUUGAGCCUGCCCAUCCUGUUUGUCUUCCGUUAAGCCGCUCAUUUAUAUAUACACACCCGAACAUCUCUGUAUAUAUCUAUGCAAGCUUGAGUUACGUUAUGCAUGGUUCCUUGCCUGCCGUUUUUGCAAUAUUCGUUAUAUUUACUCCUACCGUUCAAAGGCCACAGUUUGACGAGUUCUGUUGCUUAAUUAUCCGCAAUCUCUUCUCUGUUUCAUUCCAACAGCGACUAACUUCGAGGGAAAGUCUCUGCCAUCGCCUGUAUUUACCAAUAACGAUCGUGAAAUUCAAUGCAUUUAAAUAUAUGAUAAACAUAUAUGCCUAUAUAUAUUAUAUACAAUUCGUAGUCCUAAUACAAUCA